AGAAGUAGAAGAUGAUAAAAUUAAUAACUUCACAUCACAUUGCUAUCUCAUUGAAUACCAAUUACUGUUUGUUCCAACUUUGUCGUCGUCUGCAACUCUUUCUCUUCUUUUCUCUCCUCUUCAACUACUCCCCAAUUCUAGCCCUAUUUAUGCUUCAAUUUUGCUGUUUUUCUUCCUUCUCUCGUUUUCAUUGAGGUACACUCUCGGAAGCCUGAUCAUCUUCUUCAUCCAAUCAUUCUGUUCAUCUUAUUCUGGUAUUUGGUUUCGAGUUUGUUUUGCUUGAUUUUGGAGUUGCCGUAUGUCGUUCAAAUUUCUUGGGAAUUCUUUCUCUUUUAUAAUUCUGCUGAUCUGACAUUGGCUUGAGGGUUGGCCUUCAAUUGGCUUUGAAUUUCGACUUGGUUUUCCGUGAUCUGAAAUUGGUGCGGAAUUGAGAUCAUACGGUGUAAAGGAAGAAUAAGCAAAUAAUACCACAAGGGGUUGAAAAGGAGAGUGUUUUCAUAGAGGCAUAAAGUUUGACAAGAUGUCCGGACAGAGCCAGCGUUUAAAUGUUGUUCCUACUGUUACAAUGCUUGGAGUGAUGAAAGCUCGACUUGUUGGGGCCACAAGAGGACAUGCAUUGCUCAAGAAGAAGAGUGAUGCUUUGACUGUGCAGUUUCGGCAGAUUCUGAAGAAAAUUGUAUCAACAAAAGAAUCAAUGGGAGAUAUCAUGAAAAAUUCCUCCUUUGCCCUUACGGAAGCUAAAUAUGUUGCAGGUGAGAACAUCAAGCACAUCGUUCAGGAAAAUGUCCAGAGUGCAGCACUCAAGGUCCGAUCGCAUCAGGAAAAUGUUGCAGGUGUAAAACUUCCAAAAUUUGAAUAUUUCAUUGAUGGAGAGACUAAGAAUGACUUGACUGGACUGGCAAGAGGCGGGCAGCAGGUGCAAGCUUGCCGCACAGCAUACGUGAAAGCUAUUGAGCUGCUUGUUGAGCUUGCUACUCUCCAAACAUCAUUCUUAACUCUUGAUGAAGCAAUCAAGACCACAAAUCGCAGGGUCAAUGCACUGGAGAAUGUUGUCAAGCCACGGUUAGAAAAUACAAUAACUUACAUCAAAGGAGAGUUAGAUGAGUUGGAAAGGGAGGAUUUCUUUAGGCUGAAAAAGAUACAAGGUUACAAGAGGAGAGAGGUUGAAAAGCAACGUGAAGCUGCUAAGGCAUAUGCAGAAGAGAAGUUCGUUGAGGAAAUUUCUCUGAGGAGGGGUAUUUCUGUUAGUUCAGCCCAUGACAUGUUAUCCCAGGCUGCCCAGAAAGAUGAGGAUAUAAUUUUUUGAAAUGGAUUUUAGUUUGAUUUCUGCAACUUAACAUUGUUUGCUUUGCUGGGUCCUUGUUUUCAUAUUUAGAAGGGCUAACAGUAUUAUUUGGUGGACGGGAUAUAUUUCUCAGAAUAAGGGCUGUAUGUGUGCUUGUGUUUAUUCAUCAAUCUGUAACCCCAGUGACCAUGAGAAUUUUGCUGGCUCAA